GUGCUCUAUAGUUUAGCUCAAGCAAAACUCCCUGAUUUUCGACUAAAAAAUUAUCAAAAAAUUGAUUGUUGUAAAAAUCGAACCAUGUCUCAUGUGCCCAUUGAAACUUUCGAAGAAGAUGCGGCUGAUUUGCGGUUCCCGAAAGAGUUCCAAAAUGCGGAAACGUUGCUAGUCAGUGAAGUACACAUGCUAUUGGACCACCGCAAGAAACAGAACGAAUUGGCUGACGAGGAACAAGAGUUCUCCGAGGUGUUUUUGAAGACUUUUACGUAUACUGACAUUUUCCGAAAGUUCAAAAACAAAGAAACCAUCACGGCUGUUCGAAGUUUGUUGACACAGAAGAAGUUGCAUAAAUUCGAACUAGCUGCAAUUGGUAAUCUCUGUCCUGAAGUCCCAGAAGAAGCUAAAGCAUUGAUUCCAUCACUUGAAGGUCGGUUCAAAGACGAAGAAUUGAAAGAAGUGUUGGACGACAUCGGCACAAAACGCAGUUUGCAAUAUUAACAAUGCGGUCAAACAUACAAUGAAUAUCAGCCAUUUUUGUGCGAAAUGAAUAGUUGUUGAAAAGAAUGAAUCAGUCGCUGUGUGCGAUUUU